UUUUUUUCGUACAUACAAUCAUUCAGUCGUUUAUAUAGGAUAUUAUUUUAUUUGUUUCAUGUAUUUAUAAUUGUACAAACGGUUUCCUCUUCCUUUAAUACCUUUACACUUGCUUGUAUCAUAUUCAUAUAUCAAAUUCAUACAUUUGUCCGAAAGACCUCCCUCCUUAGGAAAAUUACCUAUCCCGCUAGACAUUACCUUCAAUAGUUCACUAAAUACUCAAAAUGACUCCAUCCAUAGCUCUCGACGCUACCGGCGCAUGCUCAACCUCUCUCUCAUCCACCAAACCCUCCUCGUCCCCCGAUUCCUUCCAUCAACUCGUCGCAGACCUCUCCCAAAUUCUCGGCCCAUCUUCCGGCCUCACAUCCGCGGACGUAGAUGUGCAGCAGCUUCGCUCCCUAAUGGAGCGCUACAUCUCCAACGAAGACGAGUGGCGAAAAUACGCAUUUGCAGAUUUAAGCAGAGGCUACACGAGAAACUUGGUAGAUGAAGGGAACGGGAAGAGUAAUUUGUUAAUUCUGGUCUGGAGUCCAGGAAAAGGCUCGCCCCUGCACGACCACGCAGAUGCGCAUUGUCUCAUGAAAGUCCUCGCGGGAACUCUCUCGGAAACCCAAUACACAUUCCCAUCCACCUCCACGUCCUCCACACAUUCCCCAUGCGCAUCCCAGCCUUUCAACACGCCCCCCACAAUAAUAAAAACUACAACCUACACCACGAAUCAAGUAACCUACAUGUCCGACGAUCUUGGCCUCCACAGAAUAUCCAAUCCCGAUCCCGAGAACGUGGCUGUGAGUUUACAUCUAUACACACCCCCGAAUGCGGCGCGAGAGGGCUGCCAUAUUUUUGACGAGAAAACGGGAAGGAAAAGCCAUGUUACGCAGUCUAACUUCUACUCGGUGUUUGGGGAAAGGGUCGGCGGACAGGUGUAAAUUAUAUGGUAUGAUUGUUUUGUAGAUUUAAAGAUAGAAGAGAUCUAGACUUUGUAUUUUGUUUGUCAAAUAUCUAGAGAUGAGAAGAGAUGUAGAUGCAAGUUUAAACUGUACGAUAUCUAGAAAUUGGGAUAGAACAAACGAUACCUCAUUUGGUGUCCUUGGAUAUAAUUGUAGGUGCUUUUUAGAUCGCC